AUGAUGAAAAAAAAUUCAAAAGAUUUAAAAAACUCAUCACUAAAUUUGAGCUUGCUGAAUGGGGAAGCAAACGGAGGAGGGGACGAUGAGGAGUUGGAAGAAGGUGUUGACAACAUGCCAAGGAAAAGGCUGGCCAAGUUAAUCAGCUUAGAUAGGGGGGCAGGUCUAUCCCAAUUCAAAAGGUUCACUCGGUUGAAGACGUUUGGGCGGUCAGGGGGGGCUCCAUAUGAAGCGGCGUGCCAGGUGGAAGGGGACACACAACAACUGGAGGAGGUGCAAUCAGCAUACCAGGGGGAACCCCCCGAUGAAUAUCCCCCAUAUGAGAAGCCAAGUAACACCUACCUGGGCAGAAGCAACGGGAAAAUAAAUUCCAAAGGAAUGGAAAAGCGUGAGGGGAGUCCUAAGGUGAGACGAAAAUUUUGCUCGCUCCUAGAAAUGAUAGGCAAGAAAAAAGGAGCCAUAAAUUAUGAUGUCCACAAAAAAGGGGAGGCCGCAAGUUCGACUGGGUGCACCCCUUUCCGUGGGAAUGGAAUUUCCCUGAACAAGUCAGGCGAUGAGGGAAGGAGGUGUCCAAAAAGGGGGAGCGGCGGGUUGCCCGUUUUCACCACAGAAGUUUGCCAAUCAGGGGGGAAGGAGUGUCUAUACAGGUGUGAAAAUGGAGGGGGAAGUUUGAAGGAGGCCCAAGACGGGGCAGGGGCGAAAGGAGCAGAAUGGGCAUACUUCAAACAGUGCAAACGGUGCGAUGGAUGGGAAGGGGAGAGGGGGCCCGCCGCAAACAGAGCGAACCGUGUCCACCGCUCCCAUCGGUCCUCCCCUGGGGAGAGGAACGACGCGCCCCCCUUUUUAGAGAACAUAAAACAGCUGCUGAAUCUGUGCGAUGAGCAAAUGAAGGACCUGGUGCAGAUCUCCAACUUUGAAAUUGACCUAGACAUUAACUCGUUUUACUUUCACUUCGUCAAGGAGAAUAGCGACAGCUGUAUUUCCACGUAUAAUAUAAAUCACAGCAAAAAUAUUUUCGACGUAAAACAGUUCAAAGCAUAUCCAAAUGAAAAGAUAACCACCUACAAGCAGACCUCCUCUCUCAAUUGGGGAACUUACGUUUGUAAUAUUUCUCUUCAGGAGAGCUGCUAUUUUUGUUAUUACACAUUUGGGGAUGCUACUUCGAUUGACUCGGAUGGUGCACCCCGUGUCGAUGGAAGCCGUAAGGAGAGUAACUCUUAUGGGGGCAAAGAGUUCAAGGGAGAACUGGGGGACAACCAUUUAAUGGAGGAGCUGCAGAGAUUGUACCACCCAAGUGGGGGAUGUCCAAAUGGAGGUUUGGAGGACACCCCCGUUGAUGAUGCAAAAUGGGAGUUGAAAUGUACUUGGGAGGGCCCCUCUGCUAACAGGGAGGAACAUCCCCUCGUGAGUAACCACGUGGGUGCUUACCAAAAUGGUGAAGUAGCUCUCAGCAGAAGGGGAAGCGAAAAGGCAGUCAUCUUAAAUGAUGCAAAAAGGGACCUCACUUUGCACACAAUUGGAGAUGGUGAAGAAAAGGAGGAAGAGAAGGAAAAAUGGGCGGACCUACAUUUUGCUAAUAAGUCGAAAAGUAACUCGAAGGGUGAAUUGGGGCUGAGCGUAGAGGACACCACAAGUGAGCGUUCUGCCAAGGGGAGGAGCGGUGAAGUGGACGUUGGUAGCAGCAAAAUGGGCGCAUUCAGCACGGUGGGUGUAGCCUCUACGGGUGAACAUGCCCCCCCAAGCGAUGUUGCAAUUUUCCUUUCUGACCAGUCAUGUGAUUACCAAAAUUGUUACAGAUUUAAAGAUAACAAUUUGGGAGGAGGCAGCUGCAUGUUGGAGCCGGGGGGACUGCACGAGGUGACGGACGAAAGUGUCUUCAGUGGGGAGAAUGAAAAAAUGUUGAGUCGCGGUAAAGGGGAAACAAGUCAAGAGGAGGCACUCCGAAAUGCGUCCACCAUGAGCAGCAGCCAUAUGUGGAACCCGGACCGGGUGGAAGCAACAGGGAGUCAGCAUUGGGAAGGCUCCUUUAAGGAGAAUGGGGUAGGAAAUGGUCACCAAGGGAAUGCCUCUAUGCGGAGGAAGAGCAUCCCCAGGCAGCUGCUGGUAAAGUUGAAGAAAAUGUGUGCAGGGAGAGCGACGGCCGAGGCGCGCAAUCGUGGAGUGGAAAAUGUUCAGAGGAGCGCAAACUACUGCCGCCAAAGCAGCAGAACGGAGGAACGAAAGGGGGAGGUACCGCACAGGGGAGCCUCCCUUUGGGAAAAUUGCACCAGGAUGAAUGUACACAGCCAAGGGAAUAGCAGAAGGGAAGAAAGAGACGAAAAAAUGGGAAGUAGUCAUCCGCAUUACACACGAGGAGGUCUAAAUGCGCACAUCCAGAAGGAGGAGAUAAAAAAAGAAAAUCACCUACUGACAAAUGAAUACAUCGAUAACGCCUUUGAUGAAAUAUAUUACAUUCAAAGGAUUAAUGCAGACAACGAUUCGCUGUUCCUUUUUGUUAGGAUUUACCAGAUAUAUAUCUUUUCGAAGAAAUGGAAUAACCACAGCAGUGAUGGCAAGGGCAGUGCGAAGUGCACAAACGAAGGGGGGACCCUUUCUGAUGAGUGCGCGCAGUGCAAGACGAACGUUUCCGUGUAUGUACUCAUCGUUUUAAAAAAUAGCCUCCUUAAAUAUAUCAUAAAAAAAAAAAUACUUAACGAGAUUAGCAGCCGUGUGGACAAAUGGAAAAAACACAUCAUCAUAAAGGCUGAACAUAUUAAGGACGGUUCCGUGCCGCUGUGCAUCCGAAUGAUUGAACGAAAUGACGAUGUGAUUGAUUACGUCGUUAAAAAUGUUGCAUACUUUUUCGAUAAUUAUUUGCGCGAUUUCUUCCACCUCCUUGUUGCACACGUGAAUGACUUUUUUGGCCUAAGUAAAAAUAGGACGCUGGAAAAUUACUUCCAACGCUCAAGUAAAAGAGUGUAUCAUUUUAUUCAGAAGAAGGUGCACCUGCGCAACGUGUAUAAUGAUAUUGUGCGGAAAAGUGAGGAAAAAAAAAGGAAAAAAAAAACAACCCAAGGUAUCCAAGCCAACCAAAAAGGGUACACAUUUUGCACGUGUCUCUUUAAAAGGAAGAAGGAACAUAAAACGGGAGACUCUCCUCGUACGGAUGAAUAUUCACUGCGCAGUUCCAUUUUCGAACCAGCCUUUUAUUACAUCACCUCGAAUGAAGUGGCACGCAAUUACAUCAUUUAUAUGAACCAUAUUUAUUUUAGAAGAAUACUUUUGUUGUAUCUUUUCGUUUUUAUAGUUUACUUGGUAGUGAGCAGUUGUCCAGCGGUUGCCCUGUAA